AAAGAUAUUAUUACAGUCAGGUCUCCAGAAGAUCAUUGCAAAAUUAGUGUUUCAGGGUUUGGAUACUCGGUAUAAUUCUCCUCUCCCGGGAAGAAUCUCAGACGAAAGGUCAGAAACGACAAUUACAAGGAUGACAAUUCAAAUUUCUUUUUGGGCCUGAACAAUUCAAAGUUCAAACUCUCUCAACUCUUCUCUUUCCCACUGAUAAAACCUGCGUCUGAGGGAGAAGGACUCUUUCUCGAGAAAAUUUUGAGCGCCCUAAUCGAAUUACAAUGAAACCAAAUAUCUGGGUCUGCUUGAUAAUUUUGUUCGUUUCUCUUCGAUCUGAAGCUUCUUUGGGAUCUCAAAAGACCGAUAAGGCUUAUGUCACCCUUUUGUAUGGAGAUGAAUUCUUAUUGGGAGUUCGCGUUCUUGGAAAAUCGAUACGCGACACUGGAUCGAAGAAGGAUAUGGUCGUCUUGGUCUCGGAUGGGGUGUCUGAUUAUGCCAAACAGCUUCUCCGGGCUGAUGGGUGGAUAGUUGAGAAGAUUAGUUUACUGGCAAAUCCUAAUCAAGUACGUCCAAAGAGAUUUUGGGGUGUCUACACGAAGCUGAAAAUCUUCAACAUGACUAAUUAUAAGAAAGUUGUUUACCUCGAUGCGGAUACUAUUGUGGUUAAAAAUAUUGAAGAUCUUUUCAAAUGUGGAAAAUUCUGCGCUAAUUUAAAGCAUUCUGAGAGAUUGAAUUCGGGAGUCAUGGUAGUGGAACCAUCUACUACUGUUUUUAAUGACAUGAUGAGCAAAGUGAAGACCCUACCAUCAUAUACGGGAGGAGAUCAAGGAUUUCUUAAUUCAUAUUACUCUGGAUUUCCCAAUGCACAUGUUUUUGAACCCAAUUUGACCCCAGCAGUACUCAAUUCUAGACCAGUUCCUGAAAUGGAGAGACUUUCAACACUCUAUAAUGCAGAUGUCGGGCUCUACAUGCUUGCUAACAAGUGGAUGGUAGAUGAGAAUGAGCUCCGUGUAAUUCACUAUACUCUUGGGCCUCUUAAGCCUUGGGACUGGUGGACAGCAUGGCUUUUGAAACCUGUGGAUGUCUGGCAGAAUGUGAGGGAACAUCUUGAGGAAUCCCUUCCUGGAACAGCAGGAGGCCGAAAUCGCAAAGAUGAUUUUCUUAUGAAGUUUCUUUUUCUACUACCUCUUUGUGCUUUACUCUUCUGCUGUUAUCGGUCAUUUGUAAAGAGUCCAGGGUUCAUUAGUUCGUUUUGUAGAAGUUCAUUAUGGGAUCAUGCCCGACAUCUUUAUUAUAGGAUUAGAGCAAGUGGACCACUUGUGUAUGGUAGUAUUUCUACUACUACGAUCAAUUCCACUUAUCAGCUCUUAAGUAGUGCCCAGUACAAAGUCCCAGCUUAUUUGGGUAGCGUUUCUGUCAGUGUCUGUUUUAUGGCCGCGAUGGUGUCUCUGGGGAUAGCACUGUUGAUUGUACCUCGGCAAGUGACCCCAUGGGCUGGUUUACUCUUGAUGUAUGAAUGGACCUUCACACUCUUCUUUGUUUUCUUCGGAGGUUAUUUACAUCUAAUUUAUCGAUGGGGAAAACUCACAGCAUCUCGAGUAGCAUUGUCUCAUCCUGAAUCUUCUGAUUAUGAUUCAGAAAAAUUUCAUCAACGACAGAUUCCGUCUUGUGAUGUUGUUACAUGGUAUUAUGGCUUAGGGAUGGUUCUCUUGGCAAUUGCAGCCCCAUCUUUGCCUUUUAUUUUUGGAAUCACUGCUUUGUUUUUGAGGUUAGGUUUGAUGGUUGUUGGGGGCAUAAUAUUAGCUUCCUUCAUGACAUAUGCGUCGGAACACCUUGCAAUAAGAUCAUUUUUGAAAGGCGUAGAAGAGUGCGAUACGGCACGUGAUAGUAGUCUAUGUUUCUCCUGCUGAUUGGAAUUUUUGACUGGCAAUGUAAACUAUCCUAGAUAAUUAUAUUAUAGUUCCCCUUCCUUCCAUUCAACUAACCUAGUGCUUUUCUACUGGCAAAUGUAAUUUAGAAAGUUUUGUCAAUCUUGAAUAUUUUGUUUGAGUGGCUCUGUUGUAAUAUUAUUCUUUCAAAAGUUGUACCCGUCGAUGAAAUUGCCCUCAUUUAAUGUGACAAAUAAACCAUGCUGGCUUGAA